AUGCUUCGCCAAGUGAAACCUCGCAACGCGCGCUCCAAGCGGGCCCUGGAAAAGCGCGAGGCCAAGCCCGUCGAGAACCCCAAGACAUGCCUCUUCCUCCGCGGGACCAGCUGCUCCCAGGUGGUGCAGGACGCGCUCAACGACCUCUUUGCGCUGCGGCAGCCGCUGGCCAAGAAGUUCACAAAGAAGAACGCCAUCCGGCCCUUUGAGGACCCGGCCUCGCUCGAGUUCUUCUCGGACAAGAACGACGCCAGCCUGCUCGUCUUUGGCAGCAGCCAGAAGAAGCGCCCGCACGCGCUGACGCUCGUCCGCAUGUUUGGCUUCAAGGUGCUCGACAUGCUCGAGCUGUACCUCGACCCGGACUCGUUCCGGCGCAUCGAGCAGUUCAAGACCAAGAAGUUUGCCGUCGGCCUGCGGCCCAUGGUGCUCUUUGCCGGCACCGCGUUUGAGAGCCCCGUCGCGAACGAGUUCACCCUCGUCAAGAGCAUGCUGCUCGACUUCUUCAGGGGCGACCCCGCCGACAAGAUUGACGUCGAGGGCCUGCAGUACAUCGUCUCCGUCACGGCCGAGGACCUCGUGUCCGCCGUCGACGCCGAUGCCAAGCCCGCCGUCCACCUGCGCGUCUACCUGAUCCGCACCAAGCGCAGCGGCCACAAGCUGCCGCGCGUCGAGGUCGAGGAGAUGGGUCCGCGCAUGGACUUUCGCGUCGGCCGCCUGCGCGAGGCCGACGCCGCCAUGCUCAAGGAGGCCAUGCGCAAGCCCCGUGGCCUCGAGGAGCGCCCCAAGAAGAACGUCUCGACCGACUCCAUGGGCGACAAGCUCGGCCGCGUCCACCUCGGCAGGCAGGACCUGGGCCAGCUCCAGACCCGCAAGAUGAAGGGCCUCAAGAGGUCGAGGCACGACGACGUGGCUGCCGGGGCGGGCGCCGAGGGCGCUGCGGAUGCCCCCAAGGACGAUGCCAAGAGGAUAAAGCAAUGA